AUGGAAGUUGAAUAUUUAGAAAAAACUUUAUCCAUUCUUGAAGAUAAGAAUAUAAAUAUAAAUUCAAAAUUUUUAAAAUUUGAAGAAUUAAUAUUGUUUUGUGAUUCAAAUAUUAAAAUUAUUAAUAAUAUUAUAGUUGAUGAAAAAUAUUCUUAUUGUUUAAUAAAUAUUACUGAUUAUUUUGGAAAAAAUAUUAAAUUAGAAGAUGAAAAUAAUAGCAAAAAAAUUAUGAGAUAUAGAGAAUGGUUACAAGAUAAUUUUUUUUCUAGUAAAGCUACUAAGAAAGAAAAAUUUGAUAACAUUAUUAAUGAAUGA